AUGGCAACGGCGCCACCACUGGCGGCCAUUUCCGCCCAAGCCAGUCACACGCUUCGAGACGCAUUCGAACGGUUCGCUUUAUCUGUGUCACAAGAUGACCAGCUGCUCUUUCAUAACACAGAGCUCAAAGAUGUACGGGAUGAGGCUUUGCAGAUCGAGAAGCAGCUCCGCAAGAGCCGUAUACAGAAGAACAUAGCCCGGCUUGAUCCAUUGCUGCGGGGCAUGGAGCAUUACUCCAAGGUAGUGGAAGUACUGUGCAAUGGAACACCUUAUCUUUCAUGGAUUUGGGCACCGAUAAAACUGAUGCUUAUGAUCACGGUUGAUUCGCUCAGUGCUUUCGAAAAGUUGAUCGAUGCCUAUGGCAAGAUUGGGGAUAUGCUCCCUCGCCUGGAUCGUCUCAGUGAUGCACUUGUCGGCGAUCAAAACUUCCAGAAAGUGCUAGCUUUGGUAUUCUCCGACAUCGUAGAGUUCCAUCGACGAGCUUAUAAGUUCGUGCGACGAAGAUCAUGGACCAUAUUCUUCAGCUCUAUGUGGGCCGGAUUUGAAACUCGUUUCAACGGAAUCCUGAAGGACCUGGCGUACCAUAGCGAGCUGGUCGACAAGGAGGCCUCCGCAGCUGAUAUCGCUGAAGCCUUCAGGCGUAGCAAAGUAGACGACGAGAAGUGGGAGCAGCAAGAGCGUGAAUGGAACAGUGUCAGUAUAUACUAG